AAACCACUCAAUUCAGCGUCGACCCUCCAAACCUGCGUCAUGGCGUCCCGGAGAUUGGCUUUGAACCUCUCGCGAGGUCUGCGAAACCGUGCUGGGUUUUCGGCCGCCGUUCCUUUCACACGAGGCUUUGCCACUCCCUCUACCGUCGGCAAGACUCAGACUACAACUCUUAAGAAUGGAUUGACUGUCGCUACCGAGCACUCACCCUUUUCGCAAACGUCGACAGUCGGUGUCUGGAUCGAUGCCGGUUCCCGAGCUGAGACUGAUGAGAACAACGGUACCGCCCACUUCCUUGAGCAUCUCGCUUUCAAGGGUACCGCCAAGCGAACUCAGCAGCAAUUGGAAUUGGAGAUUGAGAACAUGGGUGGUCACCUGAACGCCUACACUUCGCGCGAGAACACCGUCUAUUUCGCCAAGGCUUUCAACUCUGAUGUUCCCCAGUGUGUCGACAUUCUCUCCGAUAUUCUCCAGAACUCCAAGCUCGAGGAGUCCGCCAUUGAGCGUGAGCGCGACGUUAUCCUCCGCGAAUCCGAGGAGGUCGAGAAGCAGGUCGAGGAGGUCGUUUUCGAUCACCUCCACGCCACUGCUUUCCAGCACCAGCCCCUUGGCCGCACCAUCCUCGGCCCUCGUCAGAACAUCCGCGACAUCACCCGAACCGAGCUUACCGACUACAUCAAGAACAACUACACUGCUGACCGCAUGGUUCUUGUUGGUGCCGGUGGUAUCCCCCACGAGCAGCUUGUCCAGCUCGCUGAGAAGCACUUCGCUGGUCUUCCCAGCAGCGGCCCCCAGACCGGCGCCUACCUCCGCUCCAAGCAGAAGGCUGACUUUAUGGGCUCUGACGUCCGUGUCCGAGAUGACAACAUGCCCACUGCCAACAUCGCUCUCGCCGUUGAGGGUGUUAGCUGGAACUCCGAGGACUACUUCACUGCUCUCGUUGCUCAGGCUAUUGUUGGUAACUACGACAAGGCUGUUGGUCAGGCUCCCCACCAGGGCAGCAAGCUCAGCGGCUGGGUCCACAAGCACGAUCUUGCCAACAGCUUCAUGAGCUUCUCCACCAGUUACAACGACACUGGUCUGUGGGGUAUCUACCUUGUUUCCGACAAGCCUGACCGAGUUGAUGACCUCGUCCACUUCGCUAUCCGUGAGUGGAUGCGUCUCUGCACCAACGUCAGCGCCUCCGAGACGGAGCGUGCCAAGGCUCAGCUCAAGGCUUCUAUUCUCCUGUCCCUCGACGGCACCACCGCUGUCGCUGAGGACAUUGGCCGACAGCUCGUCACCACUGGCCGCCGCAUGGCUCCUAACGAGAUUGAGCGCAAGAUUGACGCCAUUACUGAGAAGGACAUUAUGGAUUUCGCCAACCGAAAACUUUGGGACCGUGAUAUUGCUGUUAGUGCUGUGGGAACCAUCGAGGGUCUCUUCGACUACCAGAGACUUCGCAACACCAUGAAGCCCAAGUUUUAAGUUAGAGAGGGCCAGUGGAGUUGUGAAAAUCGAAACCAGGGUAUAGAGUGUAUGAGAUACCGUUUACAGGCCUAGUGUACCAUAAGAUUUCCUCUGUUCAUACUAGGUAACACGGAGUUGUGAUAAUUGUGUAUUGACUGUACUUUCCCGCGUAUUUCAUCAUGUGCGGUUUCAAGCAUGAACCGUAAUGCAUCUGAUGAAGUACCACUAUUAGUUGACCCCUGGUAAAUCGUAAAUGCAGAUCAUUGUUGCAGCAGAGAGCAGGGGUCAGGAACCUAAUGAAUUUCCAAGCUUGCCCAGCUCGAGGGUAAAGAAUCAUAUGUUUGCGAUACUUUCUCGUGGCUGUUCGUCUUUGCAAGACCAGCCAGUCCCUUCAUAUUAGGACAUCCUUUCCAUAUCCUCGUAGAAUAAACAUCCGCCGCCCAUCACCCAGAUCGCCCCGAACGCCAUUAACACCAUUCACAGGUGUUCCCGUCUAUGCAGUUCCGUUGAAUGGCAAGACAGGCUCCUAACCCUCUUCAGCCAUUUCUUCGUCGACAUCCUCACCGAACAUGUCCUCGACAGUACCACCUUCCACACCAUCUCCACCAACAUCCUCAGGUUCAGGGCCUUCGAUACCCUCCAUGGCAUCGCCCCCUUGGUCCAUCUCAUCAUCUUCUUCAUCAUCCUCAUCCCACACGUCCUUAAGACCCCAGCUCGUCCCACUAAGCACGAACCGUUCACUUGGUAGUCGUACGCCCCAUUCACUUGGUACAAUCUUUGGUAGUGCCACCUUGUUCCGCUCGCGCGCAAGCUCCUGCAUGUAUUCUUUGCUGAUACCUCCACCGGCAUUUCCUCCGCGCAAUUGAUAGCUAAGUCGGGCUGCAAUGGCAAGUUUGACAGCGUUAGCCGUCACCGCGGCGUCGCCUGCUGGUGCUGAGAUGGCGCCGGCGUUUGCUGAUGGUUUGGAGCCUGCCUGCGUAACAUAUGGGUCGCCAGAGAGGUGGAGAGCAUCACUCAGGACGGAGGAUGUAUGGCGGUAUGCGAAAUCGAGAAGGAGAAGAGGCACGCGCGGCUCGUAAGCGGUAACUCCUUGCGAUGUGAGGAGAAGCUCAAUGAGACGAGAGUCGCGCGGACGAGGAGCUGAUGUUGAUUGCGCUGAGGGAGGGGGUGCAUUCUGCGAGGCCGUGACAGCGGGUUGGCUAGACGAGGUAGCGGUAGUUUGUGUGUUUGGUACUGUCUGUGAAGUUCCUGCCGAUGAGGCUGGAACUCCAUUGGUCUGCGGCUGGCUUGAUGACAUUUUGGUAAUGGUAUGAUGUCUGGGAAGCAAACAGGGAGCUGGUCUCUAAGCUUCCACAAGGGUGUAAGGGUAUCGAGGAUGCGACCAGUCGUUAAAUAGUCGAGAUGGUCGCGCGCCUAGUAUUCGAGUUUCGAUUGAUUAGUAUUAAUUGACGCGUGUGCUAACUGAGAUGAAUUCCGGCCGCAGUCAGUAAGCGAAGAGGUAUGCAAUCGAGUUGGAGGUCAUGCAAAUGCUGAAAAGAGUGAAGUCAAUAAAUAUGCCAAGCCAAAAAGCUUCACGAAUCUUGAAUUAUGGUUUGCGACUGA